UAGAAACCCACAUUAUCUGAUACCUUUGUAAGCAGUUGUUGUUGUUGUUGGUCUAUCUGGAAAUUUAUAUUUCCACUAACAUUCCAUAGGUUUUUGCAGGGCUUUUAAAGUUUUCUCUUUCUUUUAUUCGUUGUGUUUCUGCAAUCUGGCAUCCAUAUUUUGUUUCACAUUUAUAGCUUAAUUGGUUCCCAUCUGAUCUCGUGGGUUGCUUGGGCCUCCAAUCAAAGAUAAAUAUUAUUUGAUGAGAUAAAGCUGGACUCCCAGAUUUUGUGAUGGAAAAGAGGAAAUGGCUGUGGAAGAGGAAGUCUUCGGAGAGGAGCCCUGGUGAAACUGAGAGUUCAGGAUCAAUAUCUUCGCAUUCUGAGAGAUUCUCUGAUGACCAACAGGACACCUUGAAGGCAUCCCCAAAUACUGAUACUCAAUCUCCUGAAGUCACAUCAAAAACUUCUGUCAGGGAUGAGGAUGUCAAUGAUACUGUUAAGAUUUUAACAGAAAGGUUAUCAGCUGCUCUUGUGAAUGUUAGUGCCAAAGAUGACUUGGUGAAGCAGCAUUCUAAAGUUGCUGAAGAAGCUGUUGCAGGAUGGGAAAGGGCCGAAAAUGAAGUAGCUGCUCUAAAGAAACAACUCGAAGCUGCCAUUCAGCAGAACUCUGCAAUGGAAGAUCGGGUAAGCCAUCUGGAUGGGGCCCUCAAGGAGUGUGUUAGGCAGCUGAGACAAGCAAGAGAGGAGCAGGAAGAAAAAGUCUACGAAGCUUUGGCAAGGAAAACACGUGAAUGGGAAUCCACUAAAUCUGAGCUUGAGAACCAGCUUGUCAAGCUGAAGACAGAAGCAGAAGCGGCAAAGUCGCAAUCUCCACCUCAAAUUGAUCCAGAAAUAUGCUAUAAGCUUGAGUUUUUGGAGAAAGAUAAUGCAUCCCUGAAGCUUGAGCUCCUAUCUCUAUAUGAGGAGCUAGAAGUCAGAACCAUUGAAAGGGACUUGAGUACCCAAGCAGCUGAAACAGCAAGCAAGCAACAUUUGGAGAGCAUAAAGAAAGUGGCAAAGAUUGAGGCUGAAUGUCGUAGGCUAAAAGCCAUGGCUUGCAAAUCAACAUCACUUAAUGAUCAUAAAACUUCUACUGCCUCUUCAAUUUAUGUUGAAUCUCUCACUGAUAGUCAAUCAGACAGUGGGGAGAGGCUUAAUGCAGUGGAUCUGGAUGCCCGCAAAAUGAGUUGUUCAGAGCCACACAAAUGUGAUCCAAGUCGCUCAGACUCAUGGGCAUCAGCAUUGAUUGCUGAACUUGAUCAAUUCAAGAACGACAAAACUGUUAAUCGAGGUCUUCCAUCCUCAGCAACUGAAAUCAAUCUCAUGGAUGAUUUUCUUGAAAUGGAACGACUUGCUGCUUUGCCUGAGACUGAAAAUGAAGCUUGUCAUUCUGAACCAGAAGCUGUAGGGAAACAAUCUAUUGAUGCAGAAAGCUCAUUAAGAGCUGAACUUGAAACCAUGAUUCAUCAGACAGCUGAAUCAGAAGGGAAGCUCCAGAAAAUGGAAGUAGAAAAAGUUGAAUUGGAAGAGAAGCUACAGAAGAUGGAAGUAGAAAAAGUUGAAUUGGAAGAUAAGCUACAUAAGAUGGAAGUAGAAAAGGUUGAAUUGGAAGAAAAGCUAGAGAAAAUACAAGACAAUAGAACUGAAUUGGAGAUGGUUCUCACUGUAAGUCAGGAAAAGAAUGAAGAAUUUCAAAUUCAGCUGAAGGAGGCUGAACUAAAGUCAGAGGAACUGCAACAGGAGUUAUCAAUGGCAAAUGAAUCAAAGCAAAAAAUUGAAUCUCAACUUGUAAGCAUGGAAGUAGAGGCUCGGACAAUGGCUUCAAAGGUUAAUUCAUUAGAAGUAGAGGUUGAAAAGGAAAGGGUUCUGUCAGCAGAAAUUGCAGUCAAGUGUCGGGCAUUAGAAGAAGAGCUAUCUGAAAAGAACAAGGAAGUUGAACUCCAGAAAUCUGCUAGCUCUAAUAGCGAACUGAAGAUAAAGCAGGAAGACCUAGCUGCAGCUGCUGGAAAACUUGCUGAAUGCCAGAAAACAAUAGCAUCUCUAGGGAAGCAACUGAAAUCUCUAGCAACCCUAGAGGACUUCUUAAUAGACACUGCAAUCCUACCAGAAUUUGGUGCAGGAGGAUCCCCGAUGUCUAGAGCUAGUGGAGAACCUUGGAAGUUACAUUCUAGUGAUACAUUCUCACCUAAAAGGGAUUCCAGCUCUUCAAGAAUAGCCAGUGAGAAUUCUGUUUCUGUAGUAAAUAAAAAUGAAGGGCACUCGCCGCCAUCUUCUCCGUUGUCAGCUUCAAAUCAUAGCAGUUCUGAGAAUAACCGAAAUGGGUUUGCAAAAUUUUUUUCUAGAAGCAAGAAUGGAAUACAACUAGAAAUUUAGCAAGUAUCAGAUCAGGAAAGAAGAAAAACAGCUAUAUAUUGAUGAUUUCUUGAUUGUAAAAGCUGGAAAUUUAUUGGAUGUUGAUUAAAUGCUAUUUAAUCAGCAUUACUUAUAUCACUUGAUUUUAUUAUACAUGAAUGAUCACAUUCAAUUGAAGCUUUUGAUUGUUUAGUGUGUAGUUAUACACUGCAUUGAAAAGCUUCUGUUUUGUUGAA